AUGUCGACAGCCUCUACCGAUGUGCCAGGCGAUCCCAUGCCAACCUUCAGGAUCCCGCCUCCGCCAAUGUCUGCAAGCGCGUUCUGGAGCACCCCGGUGAUCAAAGACGCCGUGGCUAUCACAACUCGGACCCGGAGGGUGUGCAAGAUGGAGGAGACUGCGGAGAUGUGGCGAAGGAUCUUGACGGUACGUUUCGAUGACUGGAGUCUCGCUGUUAGCCCCGUCAAUAGUCCGCUGACCGAGCCUCCAGAUAGCCCCGACCUGUCCGAGUUGGAUGAUGAUGACAUGGAUGAAGACGGUAUGAGCUCAGGCUCGGACAUCCCGUUCCAGCCUUCUCUGACCCUUCUUCCUUACCCGAUCCCAACACCACCGCCAUCCUUAUAUCCCUUCGGAGCACGCAGUGGCUUACUGAACUGGCCCACGGCUGGGGGGUUGAGCAUGAACCUCCCAGCAGCAGCGAUCACGCAGCGCAGCGACUCUGUCAACACCGCCAGCAGCAGUGGAUCGGACAUCCCUUUCGCGGCUCCUCGCAGUUCACUCGCGUAUAUGCCGUCCUUGUUCGUACGCCAGUACCUGGAGGCUGCAAGGACGGGCACACGAGUUGGGCCUACCAAACGGACCCCGACCCGCCCUGCUGCCAACGCCCACAACCCACGACGUCCACUGCUGCCGUAUACACCCCUAGACCCAUACUGGGACCUGGGACCGCCCACGCAGAUCCCACGUCAAAAUGUCUCCGAGCUGCGUUCGACAGCGAGCCACGAGAAAGGCACACGGCGCAACGAUGCCAGCACCCAGACGGCAGGCCCUGCGCACCCCCAACAUACCGUGCUACCACACGGUCCCGCAACCGGGCCCUGCGAUAGCGAGAAACCCACAGUCUCGACCGCAAGCUGUGCGCCUCCAAUCGUAGACGACGAGCUGGGCACCGCCAUGUACUCCCCGGAUGGCACAGAGAGGGACCCCAACGGCCCAUCGCCAACACCAUCUUCCUCAACCAACCAAGAGGAAACCUCAGACCCCUACAGCGCCGCCUCCCCCACGCUGCACUCCCCCUCCCCACCUCCCCCUCCACCCUGGGAAAUCACCGAUCCCGCCCUCAUCCCCAACUACACCCUGAUCGAGACCACACACGCCUGCCAGACGCCAUUGCCCACGCAGAUGCUGACCCUGGUCCUCACCCGCACCCUGCCGGGCGACCACCCACUCCCGUUCCUGCUCCUCUACUGCCUCCCGGGAUUCGGCCCGGACGCGGAGCACGACGAAGCCCUGAUGAUCGAGUGGCGCGAUGUGAAGGAGCACGCGCUGCACGAGAUCUCGGAACUGGUCGACCGGUACACGGAUCCGCUUCCGGAUCUCGGCGAGCGGCAGCGCGCGCGAACGCGGCUCCUGGCGAAUCUGCACUUCGGGAUCGCCACGGGGUCGAGCGUGCGCAUGUACGACUUCGAUCGCGGCGAUGACGGCGUGUUUCUGCUCGAGGAGUGCGCGUGGGCGAAGCAGGAUGGGCCGCGGUUGAAUGUGCGGGAGACCUCGCUGGCGUUUUUGAACCUGGUGGAUUGCAUUGCGGGGUGGGGGUAG